AUCUCAGCCUCCAGUCAAGAGACCGUUUGCGCACAGGUGGGAGAUACCCGCUCUAUAGGACAGCCCCCCUCCCUCAGUUCCUCAGUGGAUGAUGUGAGCAAGUGACAUUUUGCCGUUGCGGUUCGGGACAGCAGGCGAAUAGUCUCUGCAAACAGGUGUGCGGCUGCCCGAAUCAGUUUCCUACGCCUUUAUUCCAGCUGACAAGGAAGGGGAGAAAGCCAUCGUAGUUGCGGAACCAUCCUCCUCGACGCGGGACGGGAGAGGAGGGGGAAACCUGCAUAAUAGCUAUUUUAUUAUUUGAAGAGCCAAACGGGUUAUAAGAUCGAACGCUAUGGCAACAAAAAAAUCAUCAUGCACAGAUGUAACGAAAAGGAGCCGGAGUCCCGUCGUUUUAGGAGCGGAGAUGUUCAGUGAAUUUCAGGACUGGUGCCUCCGGACAUAUGGGGACUCGGGUAAAACAAAGACCGUCACCCGGCGAAAAUACAACAAAAUCAUGCAGACACUGUUGCAAAACGAAGAGUCGGACGGCAUGUAUGUCGACAAUAGCCACAUCAAUGCCAAAUUCAAAUUUUGGGUGAAGUCGAAAGGGUUUCAGGUCGGGAGCAACAUUCUGGGAGAGCACAAGAAAGGAGCGUCAGGGAAGCCCGUCCUAUAUGUCCCAGUCAAGUCAACGUGUGCAGAUGCAGGCUCGGCCCAGGACAGCUCGUCCCUGAAGAGGGUGGCAGUGGUGGAGGACUUCUUCGACAUCAUCUAUGCCAUGCAUGUGGAGAUGGGUGCCGACCCUGGUAGAGCACCUAAACACGCUGGCCAGAAGAAGACCUAUAAAGCAAUAGCGGAGACGUACGCCUUCCUGCCCAGGGAGGCAGUGACACGCUUCCUAAUGAACUGUGGAGAGUGUCAGAAGAGGAUGCACAUCAAUCCCAGCACUGCAGAGUUCAAAGAAAAUGAUCGACCAACCUCCUUGGUUCCGGACCUCAUUGACUACAACAUGCCACUGACUGCCACCUACCUGAAACAGAUGAAACUACAGUGCAUGACUGCCAAUGAGCGGGAUGACAGUUCGGUGAGCAGUGAGGACAUGGAUAUGACUGAGCCCACGUGGGUCUCUGCUGAGCGCCCCCCUGUCCCUGAGCUCAGUCCCCCCAAUGGAGAGAAUGCACAAAGCCCACAGACCACACUCAAAGAGGAGGACGAUGAUGACUCCUCUGAGAGUGGCAGCGGCCACGGUCUGCCAGCCCUGACCCCUCCGGAGGCGAUGGUUGUGGGCGCUGUCCCUCCAGAUGGAUUGGCUCCGUACAGGGAUGUGACUGAGAAUGGGGUGAGUGCUCCCCUGGACUUCAGCACCACCACCUCCUCCUCUUCCUCCUCAGAGGACCAGCAACCAGUCAAUCUGACCGACAGAUUGCUGCCUGUGGGGAGCCCUGUUGGGACGCCCUACCCAACUGACUCCACCAGGAAGUGCCCCGGGAAUCCAGACUACGGUAACAAGUCUCCUCAGUACAGCUCCGGAAGCUAUGAUUCGGUGAAGACUGAACUGAGCAUGAGCGCUGAGGACUUGACCUCUGGGCGUGCUCAGAUCAUUGAUGAUGAUGAUGACGAUCACGACGACCAUGACGACAGUGAUAAGAUCACUGAUGCAGAGGGAAUGGACCCAGAGAGGCUGAAAGCCUUCAAUAUGUUUGUUCGUCUGUUUGUGGAUGAGAACCUGGACCGCAUGGUGCCCAUCUCCAAGCAGCCCAAGGAGAAGAUCCAGGCCAUCAUUGAGUCAUGCAGCCGACAGUUCCCUGAGUUCCAGGAGCGCUCCCGCAAGCGCAUCCGCACCUACCUCAAGUCCUGCCGCCGUUUGAAGAAGGUUGGUUUUGAGACACGGCCCACACCUCCCCACCUCACCUCUGCCAUGGCAGAGAACAUUCUCGCUGCUGCUUGUGAAAGUGAGACACGCAACGCUGCCAAGAGGAUGCGACUAGAUGUCUAUCAAGGCCCUGAGGAACUUGCUACUGUUGAUAAGAACGGCUCCAGGGACCCAGCCUCAGGGGCCCCCUCAGGCUUCUCCCUGGCUGCCUCAGCCUACUCCCAGUCCCAAACCCAGGACCCUGUCUACACCAACGGUACCAACGGAGGCCUCAACUACAGCUUCCACAGUUACGGGGCAAUCGGCAACAACCUGCCGACCACCGGUGCCACCACACAGACCAAUGGUCCCACUGAUCUCAGUAUGAAGUCUGUGGCUCCCACCUCCUCCUCUUCCUGCAGUUCUAACAGUCACGGUGGUCAGGGUGGAGGCGGGGGAGGAGCCUCGGCUCAGCUCAGCCCCCCUGAGGUCACAGCGGUGCGGCAGCUCAUCGCCGGGUAUCGAGAGUCUGCCGCCUUCCUGCUCCGCUCCGCAGAUGAGCUGGAAAACCUAAUCCUGCAGCAUAACUGAAACAGAACCAGGCCCGACCGGGCCGAACCGGGCCAUCUCUACCAGACUCUCCGUCUGCACUAUCACCCUCAGUCACACACAGUCAGACAUCUAUACACUCAACUGAAUAAAGAGUCAAAGUAAAGAAUAAGAGUAAAACUGCAUUGCACAAUUGGGCCAUAUACAGAAGAUGGUAGAUAGAUGGUACACAUUCACAGUUUAUAUAUCACAGGAGCAGAAACAAUUCAAAGAAGAAUACAAUCCAUCAUUUCACACUGAUCUUAGUGCCCAGUAAACUUCUGCCAUUCCCAUAACAAACCUACAUCCUACCCACUUCAUCCAUUCCCCAGAAACACCCCGAAGUCACCUCCUUCAGUGGGAUGCUCUUUUCUAAGCUCUGAGGAGGUAAUUGUCAAACAUGUUUUGCUGCUUCAGAGUUGACCUUCUGUAACUGAUCUGUUCAUCUCAGCAGUAGUUUUUAAAGUGUGAAGAUGUAGGUAUGCAAACAGGGAUGCUAAAGCUGUAGGGUAAAGCACUGUAAUGUUUCCAAGCCUAUAGGCUUUGGCUCGUAGGCGAAAGGUUACUGCUUCUGGGAAAAGUGUGGAACAAGGUGCAAUAUGGAAGAUAAUCAGUAAAUGUGCAUGCGUGGAUAUACCAUUUUUGGUAAGUCAAGCCAAUAUCCACAUAGUCAUGAUGGCUUUUUGUGAGACUUUGUGCAAAAGGAGGUCUUCUCAUGGUACCUCUACCUCCUCCCCGUGCUUUCAGUCUCAGUGUGAUGAGCUAAUCUGAAAAACAAACAUCCCAUACUUUGGGAGGCUCCACUUGGAGCAGAAACGUUAGUUGUCAAUCAGGAAUUGCUGUAUAAAUGGAAGGGGGAAUGAAAGAAACAAUAUCCCAUGGCAGCACUGUAGCUUCAUUGUUCUUUGUUUUGAACGUUACUCUUCUUUGUCUCUAAUAUAACUGAAGCCUUUCAUUGAAUGGCACCAAUCAGACAAAUGUGAAUAGGACACGGAAUGAUCUGAAACAUGAGAAUAUUUCCUAGUCCAAUUGUAAGAGUUUUGUAAGAGUUUGUGUUGUUUUAAGGUCAGUGAGAUAUGAACAGCACGUGGUUGCGUAUGAACUUUGUCUCAUGAACGUCACGUGGUCGUGACAUGGAAUUGUAUGAGGAAUGCAUUGCGCUCCUUGUAACAGCUGUUGGCCUGCUAUAGAAAAAGAUUUCCCUCCAAAUCCCACCAUAUCCUCUCUGCCUCAACUCCUCUUUCCUACCCGUCUUUGCAUUUCUCAUCAACAGACGUUGCGCUAUCAAACACAACACUGUUUUAAAAAAAAGUAGCAAAAGACAAUCUUGAAAAUGUGUGAUCGCGUCACAGUUUACCCUCACAAUCUCUUGCUAUGGUGUGUGCGCUGUACGUGGGGGGCAGCACAGAGUACCGCAGCCACAAGCAGAGCACAUCCUUUCUCUAAACAGAUACACAGACAGGCCAGUCAGUGGAGCACUCAGCACUAAGAAAUGUGUUGUAAGAAUUCUAUUUAUCUACUUUUGUUAUUGUUGUUGAACGUUAGCAUUACUGUGUGUUGUUUUUUGAUUUCUGUUUGUUGUGUGAAGUGAUGUGGAGUGGCCCGUUUCAACGCUCUUUUGUACAAGACAUUGUAAACCAGUUUGCUCUGUAAACGUAACAUUCGAAAACAAAGAAAACAAUUAUUUCACACAAUCAACCUGGUCAGCACCUUAUGGAUUUGUCAGAUAAUUCAUACCAGAGAGGAAUAUAUUUCAGUGUCAUUUAUCAUAAACGAUUGAAGUCAGCAGCACAUAUAUUAACUAAACUGCUGGGAUGAUCAAUCCAAGAACCGGUCAGUCUAUGUUUUAAAUGACAUGCACAGAAUAAUCUGUAAUUUAUUCAUGGUCACCAUCCAUGACAUAAUUGGUCUGCUUUAUUAUAUUUCAAAUGUAUAAUCUAUUGCAAGUUUGGAAGCACUUUACAGCUCAGGAUGAAAUAACAUGGUACAUAUUUGUAACCAGACGUUGUUACAGAACAUCAUACUUGAUUCAUAAAUUCAAUUGACACAUUGAAGCUAAACGUGCUUGACAAUGGGAUGGUGAUGGUGGUACAUGAUGAGAGCUGAUAUGAGUGUGUGUUUUGCUUUUCAUUUUGGUUGUCUGUAUCGUUUUAAAUGUAGAUAUUUUUGUCCACUCAACUGAUAAUUGUAUGCAGGGGUGCAACUUUCACUGGGGAUGGGGGGUGGGGACACAUUCUGAAAUGGCAGUUUUGCCCCCCUCAGUUUUAUCAUUGCAAUGUGACACAAAAAGAGGCAACGGUGUGCUUUAGGACCAUGAGGAUGCCUCUGAGCGUUCGGGUAGACUGUUUGGAGUGUUUAUCCAACUGGAUAAAAAAAAUAAAAAAAAUAA